UGUUGGUCAUAAUUUUAGGGCUCCCCGCGAAGAACAGCUGCUGGCCGCAGCAGCAGGGGGAGAGGGGGGGGGGGACGCGCUCGCUCGCUCGCUCGCUCGCUCGCUCAGUCGGUCGCGUGUGGUCGUCGUUGCCGCCGCGGCCGCCGCCAGCAUGGUGGACAGCAUCUACCGGACCCGCUCGCUGGGCGUGGCGGCGGAGGGGCUGCCGGACCAGUACGCGGACGGCAAAGCGGCGCGCGUCUGGCAACUUUACAUCGGCGACACGCGGAGCCGCACCGCCGAGUACAAGAGCUGGCUGGUGGCGCUGCUGCGGAGCCAGCGCUGCCAGACGGUGCUCGACGUGGCCUGCGGGACCGGUGUGGACUCCAUUAUGCUGGUUGAGGAAGGAUUCUCUGUUACCAGCGUGGACGCCAGUGACAAGAUGCUCAAAUACGCUCUGAAGGAGCGGUGGAAUCGUCGGAAAGAGGAAUCUUUCGACAAGUGGGUCAUUGAAGAGGCAAACUGGCUCACCCUGGCACAGGAUCUGCCGAAGCCUGGUGAUGGUUUUGAUGCUGUUAUCUGCCUUGGAAAUUCCUUUGCACAUCUCCCAGACUUCAAGGGUGACCAAAGCGUUCAUAAACAGGCUCUUAAGAAUAUUGCCAGUAUGGUGCGUCCUGGCGGCAUCCUUGUAAUUGAUCACCGUAACUAUGACUACAUUCUGGAAACAGGCUGUGCACCACCAGGGAAGAACAUCUACUACAAGAGUGACUUAACUAAGAACAUCACCACAUCUGUACUCCUCGUCAACAAUAAACCGAGUAUGGUGACACUGGACUAUACAGUGCAGGUGCCUCCCGAAGGGAAUGAUGGAAGCCCAGAAUUUAGUCAGUUCCGUCUUUCAUACUACCCUCACUGCUUGGGACCCUUCACAGAACUUCUGAAAAAUGCACUACAAGGCCAGUGUGAACACAGCGUCCUGGGGGACUUCAAACCUUACAAGCCAGGCCAGGAAUACACGCCAUGCUACUUUAUUCAUGUGGUGAAGAAAACUGGAUGAGAAUUGUUCUAGAGAAUUCUGGGGCCUCUUGUCCACAGCUGGAAUGGCCAUUUGCUACUCCAACCAUGUUUAAAUGAUAAUGAAUAUGUAUAGAAUGUGCCUGAAUCAGAAGACGGGAAACUGGAAGGAUCUUUCCUCCUCCAUCUCCCUUCCCCAAAGGGGCCAAUAUAGUAAAUCUGCUUUAGGGACUGGAGGAGCUGUUUCUUAAUUGGUGACCUCUGAGAGAAAGAGAUGGGGAUGAUCUGCAUCUGAAUUGUAUGCCAAGUUUUAUUACUGGUUAAACUGUAUUUUUCUGUC